AUGGAGAUAGCAUCAAAGAAUACUCAUGAGUUUCAUCCACCACGAGCUGCAGUGGCCGUUUACAGUCACAAGGCAGUGCCUUCAGAUGUGGUCUACCUUGGACUCAAAGUAGACGCCAAUGGACUUUGCUCUGUGAAGGCGAAAGUUAAAGCAAUAGUGAAUGCUCCAAAGGAAAACUUGACAAGUGAUAAACUCCUUGUUCACUACGAUAUGACACGCAAGAUGAAACUUGCUUGUGAUGCUGCAAGUUAUGGUGUAGGUGCAGUGAUCUCCCAUGUAAUGAAUGACGGACAGGAAAAACCUAUUGCUUUUGCAUCCCGCACCCUGUCAUCGAGUGAACGCAACUAUGCGCAGAUAGAAAAGGAAGCACUCAGCAUCGUGUUCAGAAUCAAGAAAUUCCAUCAGUUUCUUCUCAGCAAACCAUUCACCCUGGUGACUGAUCACAAGCUACUACUAGUGAUACUUGGUCCCAAGUCAGAUAUACCUUCCAUGAAUGCAUCAAGGAUGCAGCGCUGGGCAAUUCUGCUGUCCCAGUAUGACUACAAGGUGAAGUAUAGAAGCUCCAAGUGCAACACAGUUGCAGAUGCGUUGUCCAGGUUGCCCUGUGAGAACUCUGAUGUGGGAAGUGAGAACUCAAUCUACACACUGCAAGUUGUAGAUGAAGACUUUCCAGUGACUGAAACAGAAAUUGCAGCAGAAACAAUGAAAGACAAUGUGCUGAAGUGGGUCUAUGAACAGACAUUGAAUGGUUGGACUGAAAUCGAUAGUGGAUUGAACUCAGUUCUGAACUCAGAGCUGAUGCCUUUCCAUAAUCAACUCCAUGAAUUGUCAUGUGAGCAGGGAUGCAUUAAGUGGGGUUACAGAGUGGUUGUACCAGAGUCUUUGAACAACAAAAUUAUGAACGAACUUCAUGCCGAACAUCCUGGCAUAGUAAGCAUGAAGUCAAUUGCCAGAAGUUUUGUUUAUUGGCCUGGUAUUGACGGUGACAUCGAGUCGCUGGUGAGCAAAUGUAGCGUCAAUGAUCACUUUCUGGUGCUGGUAGAUAGUCAUUCCAAAUGGAUCGAGGUUAAACGUAUGGGGUCAAGCACUACUACUGAGCGUACCAUAGAUGAGUUGAGAUUAAUUUUUGCAUGCCAUGGUUUACCGGAAGAACUUGUUCCUGAUAACGGGCCUCAGUUUCGUUCAGAACAGUUCAAAGAGUUCAUGGAGCAGAAUGGUGUAAAACACACACUUGUUCCCCCAUAUCAUCCAGCCUCUAACGGGGUGGCGGAAAGGUCUGUUAGAGUUGUCAAAGAUGCUCUCAAGAAACAGGUUUUGCAGGGUAGUUCAAAGCUCAGCAUGAAACAUCGUUUGGCUAGUUUCUUGCUGAAGUACAGAACCACACAACACACAACAACGGGUUACUCACCUGCUGAACUGUUGAUGAACAGAAGGCUAAGAAUAUGCCUAAGUCUAAUUCAACCCAAUUUGGCUUUGAGAGUUGAACAAAAACAAUCAAGUCAGAAACACCAUUUUGACUCCCACAAAAAGGCGAGGUAUUUCAAGCCAGAUUAGCAAGUUUGUGUUCUCAGUCCUCCCAACAAGUCCAGUCGAGACAAAUGGGAUGCUGGGAAAAUAGUGGAAGUGUGUGGAACAAAAAGAUACUUAGUUGAAGUUGGAGAUAGGAUCAAGUGUUCAUGUUGAUCAAAUGAUUCCAGCCAAAGAUGACCAAAAAUCUGAGCAUGAAGUCCUAAUCCCUGAGUCUUUAUCUGAAAGUGAGUUGGAAGAGCCAACUGGGAUUGAAACACAAAAUCAGUCAGUACAGACAAAG